AUGUGUGACUCUUCUGUUGUCCUUGGUUCACAGAUCACCUCAUCUGUAAAUGAAAGUAGUGCUGAGAUGGACUCUCGCACUGAUACUGAACCAUUGAUUGAUAACCUGUUUAAUGCGUUGGAGCCAUGUGAUAAACAUGUAAAGGAUCACGGAUUGUCUAGUUUUCAACCUCAGAAUCUGGUUUCUUUUGACCCCCGACAAGUUUCCGAUAUUUCGUUUGAAAAUUGUAAUUUAAAAGAGCUUGUUGGUAGAUUUACUGCACUGAAAGCAAUUUUAGAUGAACACGCUCCUUUUAAUACAAAAAUAAUUAAACCCAAAGCUUCUAAACCGUUGUUUACAGAUGAGAUUCUUUCUGCAAGAAAAACUCGCCGUCAACUUGAAAGAAAAUGGAUGAAAUCUAAGACUCAUUCUGACAGGCAGAAGUACUGUGACCAAAGAUGUUUAGUAAAUGAAAUGGUUGAUAAAGCUAAAACCAUGUAUUAUUCUGCCCUUGUUAGGGACUGCUCUGGUGAUCAGAAAAAGCUCUUUAACAUAAUUAACAACCUCCUUCACCACUCAAAGUAUACGGUUCCUCCUUCUUCUGUAUCAAAUCAAGCUCUGGCACAUAAGUUCUCUGUGUUUUUCGAGAACAAAAUCCAAAAUAUUCGUAGUUCUUUUGCUCAAAAUCAUUUAAGUGACGCUACUGGUGAUUCUAAUGUGAUUGGUGCAGAGGAAAUAGCUAGGUCUAUAUUGCUUUCUGAGUUUGAUCCUGCAAGUGAGGUGGAAAUAAGUGACAUUGUUAGAAGUUCGCCUUUGAAAUCUUGUCGACUUGACCCGAUACCUACUUCUUUGAUAAAGUCUUGUCAUGAUACCUUGGUUCCUAUCAUAACAAAUAUAGUAAAUAAAUCUCUUGAGAAUGGCUUUCUUGGUAAGAUAAUUGAAAAGGUUGUGUCUAAACGAUUGUUGGCCCAUGUUAAAGAACAUACUUUACUUGAUUCGUUGCAAUCUGCUUACAAAGCACAUCAUAGCACUGAAACAGCCUUACUUAGAGUUAGCAACGACAUCCUAUGUGCAAUGGACGAUGGCAAACUUACUGCUUUAGUUCUAUUAGAUUUAAGUGCAGCUUUCGACACUGUUGACCAUAAUGUUUUGCUCCGUAGAUUAAGUACGCACAUUGGAGUCGAAGGUCUUGCACUGGAAUGGUGUCGAUCUUAUCUGACCAACAGACGUCAACAUGUAUGUAUUGGGGACGCUUUCUCCAAGGAAAGUUCCUUCAAUUUUGCUGUUCCUAAGGGAUCUGUUCUUAAGCCACAAUGGUUCAAUAUUUAUAUCCUAGCUUUUCGGGAUAUAAUUUGCAAAUAUAACUUGUCCUACCAUGUUUAUGCUGACGAUACUCAGAUUUACCUCUCGUUUAAGCCGUACAUGGCGCAACUUAACCUCCCUCUAGAAUCACUCGAAAAUUGCAUUUUAGAGCUACGUCUUUGGAUGAAGCAAAAUUUUCUAAAAUUGAAAGACAACAAAACUGAAUACAUACAUUGGGUCUCGCCAACAGUUGGAGAAACUUCCACUGAGUAA